AUGGACCAUGAGGUUAUCACUUUGAUCGGGCGUGCUUCUACCAUCUCGCAAGUGAAAGACCUAGAGAGAACUUUAGUUGAGAGGAAACUCCACCGCCAUGUCCAGCUCGUGAAUCUCAUCGUCAAAGCAUAUGCCAGGUGUGGCAGCCUCCAAGAUGCCCUUUCUGCCUUUCAAACGCUCGAGUGUCCCAACCAGCACUCGUGGAAUAUCCUGCUCUCGGGCUACGUCCGCAAUGGAGGUAUUGCCCAAGCGGAGGAGCUGUUUGGAGUUUUGCCAUUGCGAGAUCGAGUGACUUGGAAUACGCUGGUUGCAGCUUAUGCCAAUGCUGGGCAUUUGCGUAAGGCAAAACAGCUGUUUGAUACGAUGCCGGACAGGGACAUUGUUUCUUGGGCCUCACUCCUCCAGGCGUUUGUAAAGAAGGGAGAUUUGAGCAGCGCAAAGAGGUUGUUUGAUCUUAUGCCCAGAUGGAACGUCGUGGUCUUUAAUUCCAUGGUAUCUGGAUUCGCAAACUUGGGUGAUCUCUCCAGCGCCGAGAGUAUGUUUGCAUGGAUCCCAGAAGCGACGCUUGUUACAUGGACAACCAUGGUUGCCGCGUUUUGCGAAAAGGGUCUAAUAGCUAGAGCUAAAGACCUCUUCUCCAAAAUGCCCGAAAGGAACACGCUAGCCUGGACUGCCAUGCUUGAAGCGUUUUCUCUGAAAGGUGAUCUCACCGAAGCAAAGCGGGUUUUUGAUUCCAUGCCAGAGUGGGAUCUUGUCUCGUGUACGGUGAUGCUUCAGGCAUAUGCCAACAGAGGGCAUCUAGUAGAAUGUAUACGUUUCCUCCAAACCAUGCACGAGAAAAAUGUGGUCUCCUACAAUGCGGUGAUUUCUGCUUUUAUUUACACUGGAGACUUAGAGGGAGCCAAGUCUCGGUUUGAUUUGUGCCCAGAAUGGGACAUUGUGUCGUGGACAACUUUGAUUUUAGGAUAUGCCGCGGCCAGGCAUUUUGAUGCUGUGGAGAGCUUUUUUGCAAAAAUGCCCGAUGCGGACACAAUGACGUGGAAUACCAUGCUAGCGGCGUAUGUCGGCGAUAGAAAUAUCUCUCGUGCAGAGACAACGUUCUAUUCCAUGCAAGAGCGAGAUAACGUUUCAUGGAACGUGAUGUUAGCAGCGUAUUCCCAAGCUGGAGAUUUGGAGGAGGCAAGGAGGCUGUUCUCCACAAUGCCGGAGCGCAACACUGCAUCGUGGAACACACUGAUUGGCGGCGAGGCCUACUAUGGUGAACAUGCAAUGGAUUUUUUCCGUGGAAUGUGUGUCCAUGGCUUGGACGCAAGUGAGAUUUCGUUUCUCAAUUGUUUGGUGGCUUGCAACCACAAGGGACACAUAGAACAAGCGUGUAACCUGUUCUUGUCUAUGAGCUUCGAUCACAAUCUAGAGCAUUGGGAGGAGCAUUUCUCACUGAUGGUGGAUGUUUUGGGGCGGACAGGGCAGCUCAAUACCGCAAAGGAAUUGGUUCAAGGAAUGCCACUGGAACCAAACGUUGGAGCCCAGGGCGCUUUGUUUGAGUCACAAAUCAGAGUCACUUGUACUCUAAAAUCAAAAGCGUAA